AGAGGUAACCUAACCUAAAACUAACCAAACAUUUCAUGAUCACAAAACAUCUCAGAAAUCAGCUAAAACCACGAAAAAAUCCUAUAAUCACCAAAGGUUUCUGCCCCCACGUCCACGAUUUGUAUGUUUAUGCGAAAUGGAAAUAGAUAGUGACAUGUCCAACACCAUAAAAGUGGGUGAUUUUGUGGUCGUCCAAAGACAGGGUUACACCAAAUUACACAAAGUGAAAGCACACAGCAGGCUGAUCUUGGGAUCUUUCAACAUAGAAAUGGACAAUGUAAUUGGAGAAAAAUAUUAUGAUACUUUCCAGAUGAAAAACAUGCCAGGCAACCGGAAAUUGUACACAGUGGAAAAGGUAGAACAGACAAAUUCUGCCGUGGAAAGCCUUAGUAUAGAACAGUCAGGGGCAGACAACAGGCACAUACCAAACAAUGCAGAAUCUCAAGGCUUAACAAAAGAUGAUAUUGAUAAGCUCAAAGAUGAAGAAUUGAGUUCUAAUAUAAUAGUGGAACAGCUGAUAAGCAACUCAAAGACAUUCAGUUUGAGAACAGGUUACAGUCAAGAGAAAUAUAUAAAGAAAAAAGAGAAAAAAUACUUUGAGUACAUACAAAUUAAGAAGCCAAGUAUAAGGAUCAUGGGGCAAAUGUUUUAUAGGCAAGAUCCAACAAAAACUCUUGGAAUCAGGAUUGAUGAUCUAUCACAAAUUCUAACCUAUGCCAAUAUUCAUCAAGAAGGCAAUCAUUUGUUGUAUGACAGUGGAACAUCAGGAUUGAUGCCUGCUGCAAUAACAAAUUCUAUUGGUUCCCAAACCACAGGGUGUCUAAUCCAUAUGCACCCUGGAAAUGAAUGUCAAAAAAAUGGUUUUGUAGCAAUGCAAUUCCCAAUUGAACAAGCAGAAAGGUGCAUCAAUGUCAACUUAUAUUCUGUACUGAGAUGUUACUAUCAACAAAAAGACAGCUUCAGUGAUUCCAGUGAAACAAAAAGUGAUACAAACACAGACCAAAACUUGGAAAAUGGUGCUAAAAACAAUGAGGAAAGUGAACCAACAUCAAAGAAAGCUAGACUGGAAGAACCUAAUCAGAAAAAGUCUUGGCAAUUGGACAAUGAAAGAGCCUGUAAAAUCCUAGACCAAAAAGUAGAUUCUCUCAUUGUAACAGCAAAAGAGCACCCUGUGAAUAUAGUGAAAGCUCUUCUGCCAUUCUUGAGAGGCAAUAGAAGCCUAGUGGUGUUCAGUUUGCUGAAGGAACCUUUGCAAGACCUGUACUUCUACUUGAAAAGCAGAGUUGAUAUUGUUUCUAUUAAAUUGUCAAAUAAUUUCAUGAGAGAUUAUCAGGUUUUACCAGAUAGGACUCAUCCAGAAGUUAAUAUGAAUUAUGGUGGUUAUAUUUUAACAGGCUUCAAAUUGAUCUGUUAAGUAUAUCAAAAUAAAUAUAAUGUUUUG